AUGACGCAGGGCUACACCGAUUCGCUUACACUAGUCGCAACAGUGACGUGGUGGCCUGCGUUUGACCAGAUUAGUCAAUUUCCCCUCAGCAGCCACCAAAACUUUUUCUCUGCCAUGACCAACAGCCCUGCUCCUCUUCCUCGUGAUACGGCCGAGACGAGUCAAACGUCGAGCUAUGCCCUCUCUAGGCUAGGAAGAAGCGUGUUUCUAACGGCACUUUGGGCAUACACCGCAGCAGAUGGGGAGGGUGAGGCCGAGGCCGUGACGGUGCAUAACCCUUUCACCGACAAACAACUGAUUCUGAAAGUGCAUCCCCACAUCUGCCAUGCGCUGAGGUGGAAAGAACAAACCCCAUGGAGGCUGGCGCAGGAGGGCCGAAUACGGAUCUGCCCCUUGCCGAUUUUAGACUGGGUUCACGAGAUUUCGUGUGCGCCCGAACCUUCGGCGUACAUGACACUGUGGAGUGAGAUCUACGAAAAGCAUUGGAACCAAUUUUGGGAAGGCUGUAAUAACUACGUUCGUCAGCUCGCAGCGCAGUGCAACCACGGUAGCGAGAGUGGGGGCGUAUACGACGCGGUUCCUAUAGAUCACUACUCGUUACUCGUUACUGGAGAGCCGGGGUGUGGAAAACGCGCGCUUCUUGCAUACUUCGCCUAUCGACUUCCUCACCUCAUUGAGAUAUCCCUUGAGAUCGGUCAGGUUCAGAGAUCUGUGCAGUACGUGGUGGAGCGCCGCUCACUCGAUCUAGCUGAGGUGCUUACCCGUGAUGAAGAGGAGGGGAUACAAAUCGUGCGGACGGCCCUGCGGCCGCUGCCAUACGACGCGAAAGGGUCUCUGAAACCUUUGCUGCUUCUUUGUCUGUACAAUUUCGACUUGCUGCUUCAGUCUUCGUGCAACUCUCUGACGGAUCUUGUCAGCUAUGAGUUAAGUGCUUCUCUUGACGAGUUGAAUGCAAGCCAGUCGGCUAUCGUGAUUUGGAGCACAUCACAUGAUCCAUCGCUUGAGGUGCAACCAUUACAUCACCGCCUGGCCUUCAACCGGAUAUAUCUUACUCGGCCGACUUCUGACGAGCGAAUGGCAUGCCUACAGCACAAAGUCGAAGCUUUGAGGGCGUCUCAGCUAGGAAACAGCGGAAAGCUGCUACCAAUGCUUAAACAUCAACAAGAUAUGAAUGAAAGUGAGUGGAGUGAGUUACUGCAAUCGCUGAAUGAGAAUUUGGCAAGCCUUUCCGCCCCUGCGGUUGUAGCUAUGGGGAUGGCGGAGCUCGCGGAACGCCUGCAGGAGGCCGCAUCCGAGAGUGCGGAUCGGGGCAACGAGGCGGAGACGGGUUUAAGCGCUUAUAGCGGGUUGUUUAACAUGGAUGCCGCGAUCACCAAGUUGGAGGAGCUGGCCGUCUGGCCACUACUGCACUUGAAAACGCUGCGAGCGUUUCACAUCCCGUGUGCAAAGGGUGUACUCGUGUGUGGGCCCAGCGGCAGUGGGAAGACGGCGCUGCUCCGUGCGUUGGGCAGUCGUCUUCGUGGGGUUCGUGGGCUUCACGUGAUGCUUGUCAAUGGGCUUUCACUGAUUGAGAAGGAGGUGGGCAAAUCGGAGAAGAACAUCGCGGCGAUGUUCGCCGCCGCCCGCGCGCACUCCCCCACGGCACUUUUCCUCGACAACCUCGACGGCCUGGCUCCUCCGCGCUGCCGGGAGUCGAGCGAGACGACGACGGCGACGGAUCGAACGCUAAGCACUCUUUUGACGGAGAUGGACGGCGUCGGCGGCGACGCGAAUUGCGUCGUCAUGCUGAUCGCCUCCGCAUCUUCUCCAGAGAGUUUAGACCCCGCGGUGCGUCGCCCUGGAAGACUGGAUGUGCACGUGACUCUGGGCUCUCUUAGCCUCGAGAUGGCUGUAAACAUCAUGGUGAGCCGACUUUCUACCUUCUGCGCGAAGUUGCUAAAAUUGCAGUUACGGCAGGGUGAGAGAGCCACAAACACUGAUGAAGGCGAUAAUGGAGGUUCUAAUUAUUUACUUGAUGAUCAGUUUGAGGCGGUAAUUGAACAAAUCAUUGCCCGACGGUCUUGGGAGCUUUUCGAAGCGCACACUACCAAGAUUUGUACAGAACUUUCUGCGGCUGUCGUUGUGGCCGCAGCAAGAGAGGUCAUGCUAUCUGUGUUGGAAUCACAUUCCACCAAUGUUCCUUCUUGCGAAGAAACGAUGCUACCUGUCCAAGUUGUUGUGGAUAAGCUAGCCAAAUGUCUGGAGGUUGCAUUCGUGAACCUACUUUCGCCGAGCAAUGCCUAUCAAUCACGGCUCUUGUAA